AAACACAGACACAGACAAAGACACAAACACAGACACAGACACAGACACAGACACAGACACAGACACAGACACAGACACAGACACAGACACAGACACAGACACAGACACAGACACAGACACAGACACAGACACAGACACAGACACAGACACAGUCACAGACACAGACACACACACACUCAGCACUACACUGGCAGAGGUGUACCAAAUCCAGUUCCAACCCGGCAUUGUCAUAUUCGAGAAGCGUGCUUCUCAGCUUAGGUUUAAGGGUUUUAGGGGGUUAAAGCCCACGCGCAUUAUCUCGCAAAUCACAUUGAACAUCAUAUGGUGCCAGUCUCAUUGUCAGAGUAUCUGA